CAGGCCAAAAUCACAGCAAAUCAGAACUUCGGGUACCAUAAGGCGAACUUCUUCUUUGGACACAAUAACAGGACCUUACCUCACAGGGCAGUGGCCACGCGAUCCCCAUGUACACUACCCGUCAUGCAUGAAAGAUAAAUCUACUCAGACGCCUAGCUGUUGGGCUGAAGAGGGAGCAGAAAAGAGAUCACAUCAGCGUUCGGCAUCGUGGGGAAGUGCCGAUCAACUGAAAGAGCAGAUUGCCAAACUGAGGCAGCAGCUUCAGCGCAGCAAGCAGAGCAGCCGGCACGGUAAAGAGAAGGAGCGUCAGUCCCCUCUGCAUGGCAACCAUAUAGCAAUCAGUCAGACUCAGGCUUCUAUUUCCAGAUCAGUCCCUAUGCCACUGUCAAACAUUUCAGUGCCAAAAUCAACUGUAUCACGUGUGCCGUGUAAUGUAGAAGGAAUAAGCCCUGAAUUGGAAAAAGUAUUCAUUAAGGAGAACAGUGGAAAAGAAGAAGUGUCCAAGCCGCUGGAUAUCCCCGAUGGCCGAAGGGCCCCGUUACCUGCUCACUAUCGUAGCAGCAGCACCCGCAGCAUCGACACGCAGACCCCGUCGGUGCAGGAGCGCAGCAGCAGCUGCAGCAGCCACUCACCCUGUGUGUCUCCCUUCUGCCCUCCUGAGUCUCAGGAUGGGAGUCCUUGCUCAACAGAAGAUUUGCUCUAUGACCGUGAUAAAGGUGAGAGUAGAACGGUCCACCGUGGCCUAUGGGAGGCAUGUGAUGUCCUGCUUAUACAACUACCUUCAUUUUACUCAUUACAUCAGUUUUUGUUUCUGUUUUGGUUCGAUUGUUGUGGAGGGAUUGAAGAUUUAUCUUAAAAUUGGUUUUGUUUGUUUACAUAUCUUUUUCCCUCUUGUUUGUGAAACUUCACAAACAUCUUCCAUAAAUACGUCAGAGGAGCACAGCAAAGAGUCUUAACUAUCCAUGAAGAUUCUAAUGUGAGGCAUUCAGACAGGAACAUGGUUGGGUUUAAAACAGGUUUCCAGAAGGUUUGUGUAGAAUAUCUAUUACCAUGAGUGAGUUACCUGCUAAACGAAAUGGUGAGUUAGUAAAUGAUUGUUU